UCAUAUUUGGCUUCUUCUCUUAUAAAUUCUCCCAAAUCCCUCACUCUCCUCUUCAUCGUCUUCAUCUUCUCCAACGAAAUUAAUUCAAUCUUCCAUCUGCAACUUCAUACAUCUCUUGCAAUAAUAAUAUAGUUCAUUAUCCACUAUGGGCAGCGAAGACCGACAGCUUCACAUCUUCAUGUUUCCAUUCAUGGCUCAUGGUCAUAUGAUUCCCAUGGUGGACAUGGCCAAGUUAUUUGCAUCUCGUGGCAUCAAGAUCACCAUCGUCACAACCCCUCUCAAUUCCAUCUCCUUCUCCAAAUCACUUCACAAUUAUUCCGCCGAUUCUCUCAUCCAACUUCUCAUCCUCAAGUUCCCUUCUGCUGAAGCUGGUUUACCAGAAGGUUGUGAAAAUGCCGACUCCAUUCCAUCCAUGGAUUUUCUCCCCAAUUUCUUCCGAGCUGUCUCCUUGCUUCAACCACCUUUUGAGGAAGCUCUCCAGAACAAUCGCCCCGAUUGCCUCAUCUCCGACAUGUUCUUCCCUUGGACCAACGAUGUUGCUGACAGAAUUGGGAUUCCCAGGCUGAUUUUCCAUGGCACGAGUUGUUUCUCUCUUUGUGCUUCCGAGUUCAUGAGACUUCACGAGCCUUACAAGCAUGUUUCGUCCGAUACAGAACCUUUUCCCAUUCCUUAUCUCCCCGGAGAUAUUAAGCUAACCAAAAUGAAACUCCCCAUCUUCGUUCGGGAGAAUACCGAGAAUGAAUUCAGCAAAUUUAUCACCAAAGUUAAAGAAUCGGAAUCGUGUUGCUAUGGUGUUGUUGUCAACAGUUUCUACGAGCUGGAAGCAGAGUAUGUAGAUUGUUACAAAGAUGUCUUGGGAAGAAAAGCGUGGCCAAUUGGCCCACUUUCAUUAACAAACAAAAAAACUCAAGAAAUCACGCAAAGAGGAAGAGAAUCAGCCAUUGACGAGCAUGAGUGCUUGAAAUGGCUCGAUUCCCAGAAACCCGACUCGGUUGUGUAUAUCUGUUUUGGAAGUUUGGCCAAAUUCAACUCUGCUCAGUUGAAGGAGAUUGCAAAUGGACUGGAGGCAUCUGGGAAAAAUUUCAUCUGGGUUGUCAGGAAAGGGAAAGAAGAGGAAGAGGAGCAAAAUUGGCUACCCGAAGGGUACGAAGAGAGGAUGGAAGGAACAGGGCUGAUCAUAAGAGGAUGGGCACCGCAAGUUUUGAUAUUGGACCACCCAUCAGUAGGUGGGUUUGUGACACACUGUGGAUGGAAUUCAACCUUGGAAGGAGUGGCUGCGGGAGUUCCAAUGGUGACAUGGCCUGUGGGGGCGGAGCAGUUUUACAAUGAGAAACUGGUGACGGAGGUACUAAAAACAGGAGUUGGAGUUGGGAUUCAGAAAUGGGCUCCUGGCGUGGGAGAUUUCAUAGAAAGUGAAGCUGUGGAGAAGGCAAUUAGAAGAAUAAUGGAGAAAGAAGGAGAAGAGAUGAGAAAGAGAGCAACAGAAUUUGCAAAGAAGGCAAAGUGGGCAGUUGGAGAAGAAGGAUCUUCAUAUUCAAAUUUGGAUUCUUUAAUUGAGGAGUUGAAAUCGUUGGCAUUUUAGAUUCACUUUUCCAACUAAAUUAGUUCAUGUGGGACUUCUCUUGGAUGGGUGUGUGUGAGUUCAUGUUCCAACUCAAAGUCAUCUACUAAAUAUUUGGUUUAGCUUUUUGAGGUUUUAUUAUUUAUUACAAAUGUGUAUGAUCAAUGUAUUUAGUUUUUAUUUUUUAUUUUUUAUAAUACACAAUAAUCUAUGAAUUUUUAAAUUUCAAA